CAUAUCAUGUAGAUGAUGAAAUUCGUGUGGAAGAGUUCACAAAACUGGUUACUCACUAUGUGGACUUUAGUGAGGAAGAUAUAAUUGCAAAGUGUUCAUGUGGGUUGUUUCAGAUGAGGGGGAUAUUGUGUAGGCACAUUUUGACAGUAUUCAAAUGUAAUGGGAUUAAGUCUGUGCCAGAUACAUACAUUUUAGAUCGAUGAAGGAAAGACAUUAAAAGGAGGUACACAUUAAUCCAUAGCAGCUAUGACGCAGGAGAUCAGUGGGCAGAUGCUAAUAGAUAUUCAAGUUUGUUGAAUAUAUGUUAUGAGAUGAUUACUCAUGCUGCGGGUUCAAGUCGGCAUACUAAGGAUGCAACUACAAAAUUGUAUGCAAUGAUUGAGUUAUAUCGUGCCAACCAAGAACCCCCAUCGACAACCCUAACUAGUGUGAAUGUUGGUUCUACGACUGCUGAUACAACUACAGUUGGUAGUUCGAAGCAAGUACUAAGUCCGAACGUUGUGAGAGGAAAAGGCAGACCCCCAUCUCUGAGGAGAGCAUCGGGGAUGGAGAAAGACAUGCAGAAAGUUAAAGCAAAGACGAAGAGAGCACCAAUGAAGGGGAAACGCAAACAACGAGAUGGAGGAGAUACAACAGUCGUGGACACUUGCAGGAGGUUAUUUGGCCCUUCGGAGAUGGAUACUCCCAAUGUUGAACAAGUCCAGGCCCGAGAAACGAUGAUUGGUAGCAAGAAAGUGUAA